GAUUCCAAUGACCAGUCCAAAUUAGGCCAUUCAUAGGCGUUUUUACAAGCUAGACUUUUGCAGCUUGGACCAGACUCGUACAAUGGGGGGCAGGAAAAAUGGGUCGACCCCGCGUUGAGUCUUUAUGAGCACGUGGCGCGAGAGAGGCGAGAGCCGCUGGACUGGGAGGCAGCCCAAGCAAAAGACACGUGUUAGGCUCUACCAAGUGAAGGAGGUGCCCAGUCGACGCGUAUCGGAGACGCUAAAGUUUCACCGGAGACAAACCGCCCUCGGGCCAGAAGAAGCCAUGAGCCUGGGAACAACUUCUAGCUCUCUCACGGUGGGGCUGAUGCUAAUAUUGUGCAUCCACAGGUCCUUCGGCGUCCCCACUUUCAGAAAGGAGAGAGCCAUUCGUCUCGAUCCCGAACUCGGCAACCGGCAACACGAAGAGAACCAGAGCUUCCAGUACGAUCACGAAGCCUUUCUGGGCAAAGAAGAUGCCAAAACUUUCGAUCAACUUAGCCCGCAAGAAAGCCAGGAACGGUUGGGCAAAAUUGUUGAUCGGAUCGAUGAUGAUAAAGAUGGUUUUAUCACAACAGAAGAACUGAAAAAUUGGAUUAAAAGAGUACAGAAACGUUACAUCUUUGAAAAUGUGGCUAAGGUCUGGAAGGAUUAUGAUCUCAAUAAAGACAAUAAAAUUUCAUGGGAAGAAUACAAACAAGCAUCAUAUGGCUACUACUUAGAGCAUUCCAAAGAGUUCCAAGAUGUCACAGAGCAACACAAUUUUAAGAAAAUGCUGCCCAGAGAUGAAAGAAGAUUCAAACAAGCUGAUCUGGAUGGUGAUUUAGAAGCAACUCGUGAGGAAUUCACCGCUUUCCUUCACCCAGAGGAGUUUGAGCAUAUGAAAGACAUUGUUGUUCUAGAAACACUGGAGGAUAUAGACAAAAAUGAAGAUGGUUUUGUGGAUCAGGAUGAAUACAUCGCUGACAUGUUCGCACAUGAAGAUGGGGGACCUGAACCAGAUUGGGUGGUAACAGAACGUGAACAGUUUGCAGAUUUUCGAGAUCUAAACAAGGACGGAAAGAUGGAUAAAGAAGAGAUCCGACACUGGAUUCUUCCAAAAGAUUAUGAUCAUGCACAAGCUGAAGCAAGGCAUUUAGUUUAUGAAUCAGAUGCAGAUAAGGAUCAGAAGUUAACCAAACAAGAGAUUCUAGAUAAUUGGAACAUGUUUGUUGGAAGUCAGGCUACAAAUUAUGGAGAAGACCUCACAAAGAAUCAUGAUGAGCUAUAAUGUUUUUUGAAAAGCAAAUAUAUCAGAGACUUAUGUCUGAGUUGCCUGUAGAUGACCAGAAUAACAAUGGUCAUUAUGGCAAAUUUAUUUUGCACCAGUAUAUACUUUCUAACAAAAAGUAAUUCUGUUAAUACCAUUGAAUGCCACAGAUGUCACUUCUAAAUGCAUAUUUUAAUGAAUUCACUGUAACUUGAGGAGUGCACUUUCCAUCUGUAGGUUUCACUUCAAUCCUAAAUAUGUAACCUCAAAUUUAUCACUAAAAUCAGUGAGAUUUAACUAGUGAAACAGAGUAAGACAAACAGCCUUUCAUCUUAUUUCAUAACAUGUACUACAUCAUACUGUGUGGAGGGUUGAAUAAUUCAAUGCUCUUUCAUUGUAUAGUCAAACCCCCAUAUUUCAAAGAACAUAGAGUCUACCAAACAUGUUGUAAUACAACUCAUCCCCAAUCCACAUGACCAAUGGUAGAUAAAAAGCUUGGCUUUCAUCCCUGCCAUGUAGGGAUUUCUUUGAUGUCAGAAUGUUUCAAAUGUUUCAUCUCCUGUAUAAUGAAGUGGUAGAAGCAUCAUAUAAGGUUACGUCAGAUGAAGAAUACUAUCAUCAGAAUGCAUUGCUCAGGAUUUCAGUGAUAGGUCUCUACUCAGAACUAAGAUCUCAUCUCAGAAAGUUACCCAACUCAUAAUGCUUUUGACAUUCAUUCUGUCAUUUCCAAGGGUUAUUGCAAAGAAACCAUCACUUAGAACUCAUUCCCUUCCAGACCAAUGAGAAUAUGUGGAUUGGGAUGUAUAUUUUUUAUACAAAAAUCUCUAAUAUUUUCAUAAUGAAGAAACUAUAUAUGUUACAUAGUUUUUUCCUAAAUUUUUCUUCUGAGAGGGGCAAGCAUUCCUGGAGACGAGUUCUAAUAUUUUCUUCUAAUGGAAGUUGCAGUGUUAAAACAUCUGAAAGGCACCAGAUUGCCUUCUGCUGUUUGAAAAUGUAAUUUAUGGGAUGUAUAUCUGUGUUCCAUUUUGAAAAUUCUUAGCAGCAGAAAAGAUGCUCUUUUCCAUCUUCAUUUCCUCCUUACAAGGAAGUGUAUUGAUAAUGGAUAAUAUGAAAGACAAAAGUAUCGCAGGGAAGGAGAACUUUGUAAACAUCCCCUUUGAAUAUUUCCUAUCAGAAAAGACUUGAGCACAGGCCGAUAUCUUGAUGUGGGAUCUUGUGAGGUAAAUUGUCACUUGUAGUUUUUUGCUCUUGAUUGUUAAUUUACUCUAUUUCAUGUGGCAUACAAGCUUUUCCAGUAUUUUUGCCUUUGUGGACCAGAAGCCAUGAACAAUAAAUAUGUUGAUUUUAAAAUCUCAAAAGUAGAAAUUAAGAAGGCAUCACUCUAGAUACUUUCUUUUCUAAUACAAUUAGUGAAUGCCUGUGUGUGGGGAGCCUUUCCUGUAAUACUUUUAAUUCAUUUUCUGACAAAAUUCAAUCUGAUGUGAAUGGGGAAACACCACAUACAAGUUGUAGGCUGCAACAAGAUAAAUUGCAGCCUUUUCCAACUUGACAUUCUCCACGUGGCUUUGGACAUUAUCUACAGCAUGAGGAGAGACUAAGUGGAAAUUUAUGAAGUUGUAGUCAUAAUACUUCUGAAGGCACCAGGCUGAGAAAUAUUGGAACCCAAGCAUUGUGGUUUAAUCAAUCAAUCAUGGGCUUAUGUGAAUCCAGAUACAAUUUGGGUUAUUUGAUUCCACCUUAGCAUGUUAUGAAAACCAUGGGUUGUAGGUCAGCAUAAUAUAGGAACUGAAGCAUUGUGGUUUAUCAAUCAAUCAUGGGCUUAAUGUUAUGUGAAUCCAGAUGAUUCUGGAAAACUAUAUUCCUGCAAUGCUUUGUGUUAAUUGCUGCUGUUGUUCAGGAGUAAUAGUUUUUAUUCUGCAUGGAUGAUAAAGAUUGAGCUUGCUUUUUUUUUUUAAGGCAGCUGGCUGCAUCUUAUGGGAGGAUACACCAUAUCAGACAUGGGAAAGGGGUUGCCACAAUAGCAUUCCAUGCCGCAAUAGCAUUCCAUUGUCCUUUCCUAGUGGAGGAGAAAAUCCCAGGCAUUUAUUGGGAAAAAUGACACAGUUUGUCUUUGUAGAACAGGAAGUGUGCACUGUCCAUAUUAGCUGAAAAAUAAAAUGACUUCUAGGCCCUGGCACAAUGUGUGAUUUCUAUUGGGAAAACCUAACCCCAUGCAUAAUUUACCUGGAUAACUAUGGAUGACAUGCAAGAAUACUUUAUGUCUGCUGCCAACUAGUGGUAUGUAAAUUUUUGCAGCCCAGAUAUGCCAUGUAGCAAAUACAGCAUGUGAUUAAAAAAGUUUCUAAAGAGUGGCUUACAUAAUAUUCUUGGGGAAAUACCACUAAAUAUAUGGUUCAUUCAUAUAACACGAUGCUCUGCUGUGGUGAAGACAUUCUUUGGGACAUAUACAUAAUCAAACUUUCCAACACCUUUGUCCUUGCAUAUUCUCUGGCGUGUGCCAAGUUCUUCAUUUUCAGGCUUCAAUUCUCAGAAUUUACAAACAAUCAUAGUCUUUAAUUGGGAUUUCUGGAAGCUGCAAUUAUAAUACAGCUGAAGAACAUUGGAUUGAGAAGAUAUUAAUUUUUGGAACCAAAGAAUAAUGGGGAAAAUGUAACAAAAUUUAUGAACUUUUAAAACAAUACUUUAAAUUCUUAUGAAUUAAAUUCUUGAAGUUAUAUUUAGAAUGAACAAAAAUCCUAACUACAGCAAUCUUGAAGCAUUUGAUAAUAUUUAAGGAUGCUUUUUUAUAUGCUCAACUGUAAAAUAGACCAAAGGUGCUGGGUUUAAAUUGAAACACUAUUUAAUGGAAUCAAAUUAUAAGCCUAAACAUAACCAAUCAAUCAGAAAGGAUUUUAAUGGAGCUUGACUGUUCCAGAGAUGUUUGUCUUGGUAAUAUUAAAAUCUAAUUAUGAUAAAUGCUACAAAAUGUUACAGUAAUACUAUGUCAUGUAGUAUUAUUUAUCUUCUUAGUAUGAGAAAGUAUUAAUUGAUAGAAACCAUGAUUCAUUCCUGCAAUAUAGAAAUCCAUUUUGUGUGUUUUUUACCAGUUACUUCAGAUUUUCUUCUUCAUGAAUGGAUUUUUAUGUCUGCAGCUUCUUUGUGCACACUGUUGUGACAUAGAUCUUCCAUUAACUAAAUGUGUUUAUUAUGGUGAUGUCAUGACACACCAAAGAUACCUCUUCUUCAAUUCAUAUAAUGUUUUUAAGAAUUAGAGUGCAUGCAGUUUUUGUUAUUAGGAUUUACCAAACUGCAUAAGUGGCUAAUACUCAUUGUCUUAAAGCCCCAGAUGUGUCAGCCAUUUCCAAUCAAAUUAGUAUUUCUCCUACAGGAUAGAGAAAAUACUGCAUGUACAGCUCUGUUUUUAUAUAAGAACUAUCUCCAUGCUUUUAUACUGUGCUCUAUAGAAGCUGAGCUUAUUCUUACUGACAUCACCAGGAAGUUCAUGUUAUAAAGAGAAAGGCAGCUCACUGUGAUCAGAGAUAAUAAGUAAACAUACAUUUAUUUGGAACUUUUAUCCUAUGUUUGUUUACUUGAAACCCUGCCCCCCCCCCAAAAAAAAAUUGUACAUGGAAUAAAGCUUCUGAC